CGCAGUUAAGUCUCGCCUAGACACCCAAAUAUAUCGCGCAUCACCACAAAAUUACUAAUUCAAAUCUUGACCGGUCCCAACACUAAACAUCUCUUGCAAAGAGACAACCUCGCGAUCUUAUCGAGAUUAUCAUCCGAAACCGAGCUAUUGCAGCACAUACGAAAAUACAAGGUCGCCUAUCUGCAAAAAUAUUUUUUAUAAAAAAAAAACGCUAAUCAACUUUACGAAAACACAUUUAAUCACUGAAAAAUAAUCCGGAGAUUUGAACGCCUUAGUCAUUCGCCUCCACGUGCCCGGCUACACGAGUUGGUGCCACAGUAGGCCAUUGCGGGGAGAGACGAGCCGUAAAAUCGACUAGCAAUCGGCUACGAUCGCCUACCCGAGUAGCAAGGAGGUAAAACAUUUAGUUUGAUUUUGGCUCAUCUAAAAGGUGGUCUAAAAAAGAAUUUUGUUGUUAAAAUAGCUAAGUUUAAAAAAAUAGUCGGUUAGCUAAUUCUUCUAUUAAACUAACUGAAUUUAGAGUCGAUUUUGUUGAAGUGAUUUUAAAAAAAUUGUAUGGAAUGAUCCACUUAGGAAUAAACGCUUUUUAUAGUCGGUCCUAGGACAACACGAAAAGUUGUAAGUAACAUAUUCAUUUUAAUUAUCAUUAUUGAAAAUUGUUAAUUAGUUUUUUAUUGGUAAUAGUACUUUAUUUUUAAAUUUUAAUGUUUUUUAAGGCCGUUUUAUAAGGGUUUCAUUUUUUACUCAAAAAUAAACUUUCACUGCGUGGAUUUAGUUGUGGGCUUUAAUUAAUUGAUUUGAACCAUUUUUCGUCUUAUUUUAUUUAUAUCUCAUUUUUUUUCAUUAACUAUUUACUAUAAUAAAGCCAGAAAUGGAAUAUAGUUUUAAACGAACAACAAUGAUUAGAUGCUUUAAUACUUUCGAUUCAAUUAAAAUACACAAUUUCUGAAAUAUUUUUAAACAAAUUUUAUUGUUGGAUAAUUAUUUUGAAAAGUUUUUAUAAAUAUUUAAUUUCAGUAAAUACCUAUUUGAUAAGCUAUAUAUUUUAUUCUGAAUGGAACUAUUCCCAUUCAAGUCAACGAUAAUAAAAUUGCAUUUAUACAAAUUGAAAAAACAAUUGCAGAAGGAAAAUAUUAAAUACAUAAUAAUUUAUCCAGUGAGCGGAGUUCGUAGCGCGGGGUGUGGAAGCGACGCGACCUAAGCACGACCUACGUCUCUGUUGGUUGUCGAGGUCGGUGAUCGUUGAAAAAAACUUGGUGCGGAACUCCACGUGGAGGCGAAUGACUACGGUCGGUAACUCGUGUACGUUCAAUGGGGGAUUUGCGUAUGUCGACGAGGUCGUUCAAAACAAAUUCCUCGGUACUUCGCCUCGAUGCACCUUUCGCCUCGUGUCGCCAAUGCGACGUUGCCGACUCGGCUUAAAUAUAUGUUGAUAUAGGGAAGUUUGAUUCGAUUUGGUGCAUUUUUAGUAUUGGUGUUCAGUAUGAAUGUUUGGGAAAAGAUUUUGUAUCAGAGGCGGGCCGUUAACGGGGGACGUUACGAAGAAGGUUGGACUAUACCAGAGAUGGUUGGUUACUACAGCGAAGCCACUCUACCUAUAACUCAAAUUCGAACGUCCAACGAAGAACCCCUCUCCGUGAAAAAACUCGUCUGCAGUCCGGAUCUAACGAUCUCCACUGACUUUGUCAAUAAAUCAACUGAUUCUGAAGCCAUCCAGUGUCAAAUUUGCAACAAGAUGUACACUUCAAAAGUAGCGUUUACAAAUCACGCCCGUACGCAUGCCAAAGAAACUGAAGAUCCUUACAGGUGUAACAUUUGUUCCAAAACUUUUGCGGUACCUGCAAGACUGACGCGUCAUUACAGAACACAUACAGGCGAAAAGCCUUUUAGAUGUGAGUUCUGCAACAAACCGUUUAGCGUAAAAGAAAAUCUCUCGGUGCAUCGAAGAAUCCAUACGAAGGAACGUCCAUAUAAAUGCGAAGUUUGUUCUAGAGCCUUCGAACAUUCUGGAAAAUUGCAUCGACAUAUGCGCAUCCAUACUGGAGAACGACCUCACAAGUGCUCCGUGUGCGCCAAAACUUUCAUACAAUCCGGCCAACUUGUCAUCCACAUGCGCACGCACACCGGAGAGAAACCUUACGUUUGUACAGUUUGUCAAAAAGGCUUCACGUGUAGUAAACAAUUGAAAGUACAUUCCAGAACGCAUACAGGCGAAAAACCGUACAGUUGUGAAAUAUGUGGAAAGAGUUUUGGAUACAACCAUGUCCUCAAGUUACAUCAGGUUGCCCAUUACGGUGAAAAGGUCUACAAAUGUACCAUAUGCAACGACACUUUCAAUUCAAAGAAAAAUAUGGAGGCUCACAUCAAAAGCCAUUCAGAAAGUAUACCGCAACAGCCCCCAACUCCACCAGCGUCCUCUACUUCUGAAUCGUCUUGUUCAAGUGGUAGCGACAUGGAAAUACCGAAAGCAGCAUCUCCAUUACCUCUUGUUCAAGAGCCUACCGUUAACUAUGACUCGGAUCUCCACUACAUAGUUUACGCAAGAGACCGAGUGUCACCUAAUGGAUACCCAACGAAUUACAACGUGCCUACAACUGGUGUUGAUCUUCUAGCAGCUGCGGCAACGGUUACUGAAAGAGAAGAAGUCUACCGUAACACUCAAGAUAUGGUUUUCAAUUUGAUAAAAGCCAAUCCGGCGACUUUACGACAUCCGGCUUAUUUCACGUCUCCCACUGUUCAGUAUACGCCUCUCACGGCCGGCGAUGGAUUGAGAAGAAGAGUCGAAGCCGUUUUAGCUGUUGAAGAAAAUCAUUCCGAAGAAGAUCCUAUUAUUACACCGCCCAGUUCAAAUCCCGUAUCUCCGGCAUCUUCUUUAUCACCUCCCGUUUCACCCGUACCGGAACCCGAUCCAGAGCUGAGCUUACCUCCUAGGAAAAGAUCUAAAAUGAUCCUCAAAUCGAUGGAAUCUAGUGCAGAUUUAUCGCCGGUGAGAUAUAAUUCAGUGAUUCAGUAUGCCAGAGCGUCAUAACUUAAUUUCUAAACAGAUCUAUCACAUUUGGAUUUAUUUCCAGAAAGACAGUUUUGGUUUUGAGUAUAAUUAUAUAAUUUUGUUUUUAUUGUAUUACAAUAAAAUCAAAUAUUCACGUUUCCAUACCAUAGAAUAUAACUUGUGACUGAUGUGUUGCUUUUGUUUUAUUCUAAAUUUCUAGAAAAUCAGUGGCUCCAUGUAUUGUUUGGAAAUAGUUAAAAAUGGAUACAAUAUUAUCUAUAUCCGUUAUAAAUUUGAAACAGUUUUAUUUUCAUUCUUCAAAAUAAUAAUAAACAUGAUGGAUUUAGUAGUUCCAUCCUUCAAAGAUUGUAAAUUUAAUUCUAUGCACUCCAGUCUAUUAACUCAAACUCCAGCACUAUAUUAGUUACAAAUACGUACGUAUGAUGUAGAAGAAAAAUGGAGUCGUUGCAAUGAACAAAAUAUUUAUUUCUUAGCUAUUUUAUUAAAAAACAUAUUCCAAAGGGUCAAAAAAUUACGAAAAAUGUUAAAAUUCUAAAAUAGUUUUUUUCGAAUGUGGCGACCUAUAUAUUUUUUCGUUACAAACGCUAUCACUGGAAAAAUAUUCAAUUUUUCGUGGAGUAGUCUCACAAUAAUAUAUUACAUAACGAGUUUGGAAAGUGAUACAUUUCGCACUAGUUACUGUAACGAGUGGAAAUAUACUUUCCAACGAAUCGUGUACACUAUUUUUCCUACGACCACGUGAAAAAUUCUUCAAAAAAUGUAUCUGAAGGUCAAUUAAACAAUAUCACACAUGUGUUGAAAAGUAUAUUAACACAUUUGUUCAAAAGUAUAUAAACACGUGGACUGAAAAGUUAAAAAAAUCCUACAAAAUAUUUUUUAUUUUGUAAUAGUUGAGAUGACAAAAACGAAAAGAAUGAUUAUGAAAUAUUUUAUAACUAAAGAACAGAAAACGAUUAAUAAUUAAUAUUAUAGCCUACUUAAUAUAAUUUUUAAACUUUCAACUUACUUGUUAGUAAAAUCAAGACAGUUAUGAAUGUUUCCCACAAUAUUGAAAAACAAAAAUUUUCAUUCAACUACUUUAUACAUUACCCAGUAAUAGUAAUAACACUUAAUGUUAACGUUUUAAUUAUCUUGCAAACACUAAUAUGUAUGUGAACACAAAUCACAACAAACUUCAAUUUUUAUUGUAAACACUAAUAUAACCUCAAAAAAUCUAUUGUCUACUUCUUCAGGCUUAUAAAUUUGGUCUUUUGCCUUUCGGCACCCAGCCAGAUUGAUAUUGUAAUCGCGUAUUCCCUCUAUCGUUCGAGACCAUUUAUAACAUAAGAAAAAGAAGCAUUUCAAUACAUGUAUGUUUUGUUAUUUUUUAGUGCACGUGUGAAAUAAGCUACUUUCUUACUAAAAAUGAGUGAGCAAUCUAUCAUUUUCAUAAGUGGUCGUAGGAAAAUCAUAUUAUAAACAAACUACAUAUUUUUACUACAAAACCAUGAUUGUUUUUUUGGGAAAUAUUGAAAUUUAUUUAAUAUUGAUUAGUACAUACUAUUUAGCUUUACAUAAUUUUCUUAUGUGAAUAGAGAUAUGGUGACUUUUGUUUUUCUGUGAUAAGACUUAAAUGGACCCUACCUCAUGGCAGUGCCUAGCCUUUAUGCAAUAUUAUAUGUAUAAUUAUUUCUUUUUGGCAGAGAAGUCGUUGUAAUGUCUCAGUCUUGUAUAAUUGUUUAAUGUUUUAUUAACUAUUUGUUCUGUUAUCAUCGAUAAGAUAGCGGAUUUUUUUAUGUUAAUUUUUAUAAUCUAAUAAUGUAAAUGUGUACUGUACUGUAAGUCUUAAGUCUGAACCAGUGAUUUCUCUAAUAGAAAUCUUGGUAAUUUAUAAAUUAUUAUAUUCCCUAUCUGGAGUGUAGUUGUAAACAAUUCACAAUAAAUAAAAAUGUAUUAUUGAA